CAACGGUGUGUUGCGUUGUUGGCGGUGUAGGGUUUAGUAGCCACUACCGUUCAACUAUUACUUCUCUUUCCAGAAGCCGAAACCCUCUGCUUCUUCCGCGUCUUCUUCUUCUCUUCUCUUUUCGAAGCUUCUCGAACUCCACCAAUGGCCGAAACCAUCGUGAUCCAAACGGAGCCUCCGAAUCCGCCGGAUCCUUCUUCGUCCACUACUACUACCGCCGCUCCUCCUGUGCUGUCCAGAAAAAUCGUGUUUCUUCCCGUCAAGAAGCCCUUCAAGGGUUUCUCCAACCAUUUCCACGUCGAAACCCUAAACCCUUCCUCCUCCUCCGAACCUCGCCCCUCCGGUUCCGUCGCUAAGAAACAUGACGCUUCCGAAUUCUCCGAGUACGGCUUGGAUCCGGAGUUCAGCUUCGGAAUUACCUUCCGCAGAAUAGGAGCUGGAUUGCGAAAUCUAGGAAACACUUGUUUUCUCAAUUCAGUAUUGCAGUGUUUGACGUAUACAGAACCUCUAGCUGCGUAUCUGCAAAGUGGGAAGCAUAAAACUUCAUGCCACGUUGCUGGAUUUUGUGCUCUGUGUGCAAUACAGAAUCAUGUUAGCCGUGCACUGCAAUCGACUGGGAGAAUAUUAGCCCCAGAGGAUUUGGUCGGGAAUCUGCGAUGCAUAUCACGAAAUUUCCGAAAUGCAAGGCAGGAGGAUGCACAUGAGUAUAUGGUGAAUUUACUUGAGUGUAUGCAUAAAUGUUGCCUGCCUUCUGGCAUACCAAGCGAAUCACCUGGUGCUUAUGAGAAAAGUUUUGUUCAUAAAAUUUUUGGUGGUCGUCUCAGGAGUCAGGUGAAAUGCCACCAGUGUUCUUAUUGCUCCAACAAAUUUGAUCCUUUCUUAGAUUUAAGUCUUGAAAUAUUCAAGGCAGAUUCAUUGCAAAAAGCACUUUCAAAUUUCACGGCUGCAGAAUGGUUGGAUGGAGGGGAGAAGGAGUACCAUUGUCAGCGGUGCAAACAGAAAGUUAAGGCUCUCAAACAGCUAACAAUACAUAAGGCACCUUAUGUGCUAACGAUCCACUUAAAGCGGUUUCAUGCCCAUGAUACUGGACAAAAGAUUAAAAAGAAGGUUCAAUUUGGCUGUGCACUGGACUUGAAACCUUUUGUCAGUGGCUCAAAUGAUGGAGAUGUGAAGUACUCUCUAUAUGGUGUUCUGGUUCAUGCUGGUUCCAGCACUCAUUCUGGACACUAUUACUGCUAUGUUCGCACUUCAAAUAACAUGUGGUAUACCUUGGAUGACAACCGGGUAAGUCAUGUAAGUGAGCGGGAAGUUUUAAACCAGCAAGCAUACAUGUUGUUUUAUGUUCGUGAUAGAAAAAGUAUUGUUCCAAGGAAGCCUGUUGACAUUGCUAAGAAGGAAAAUAUGAAGACUAAUUUGAAUGUAAAUAGAGAAUCUUCAACUUCAAACCAUGUAUUGAAGGAAUAUCCAAAUGGUACCGUCGAAAAUAAAGCUGAGAAGGGUGCUCUAGUUCUGCAAAAGCAUAGUGUCAUAUUAGCAGAAAACUUGAUACAAAGUAAAAGACAUGGAUCUGAACUUUCUUCCAAGGCACAGGCACAGAAAGACUCACCGGAUGAACUGUCUGUAGCUAAAUCAGAACUUGGAUGCUUGUCAUCAUUAGAUCACUCUGGAAAAGAUUAUAGUCUCCCUCAUAAUCUGAAAUCUUUAACUGCACCAGUUGGAAAAAAUAGUUUGCGCAAUGAGAAUGUAAUUUCAAAAGAGGGCAUUAAAGAUUCUCCUUCAAUAGUGCCCUCAUCCACUAAUCCCCAGAAUGUUGAACUCACUACUGAAUGGAAACCUCAGUCUCUGAAGAAAAAUCUUGUCAAGAUAGUUGAUGUUGCUGCACCUCAAGAUUCAAGCACAAAUAUGACCAAUGGCAUUUGCCCUAAGACAUCACUAAUUCAUCUGAAAGUUAACCAUCAGCUUGGAACUUCUGCAAUUGGUUCGGUGUGUGAGAAAGCAAGUAGUGUGGUGCAUGAAGAUCUGGUUGGUUCCCAGGGACUGAUUCUUAAUAAGUCAGUAAAUACAUCUUUGAAUACAGAGAGUCUUAAUCAAAAGCCUUUGAAAAAAUCAAAAAAGAAGUUCCUUAAGUAUCAGGUAUCUUGGAUGCAUCUUCGCCCAAUCUUCUAUUACAUGGCAUACUUGGGCCCACGGAAGAAGAAUCACAAAAGAAUUAAACGCCGCACUUUGAGUAUGAAGAAUCCAAACAAAGACAAGCUUGAUAAGCUUGCUUUCUCAUCAGAAGAUGCCAAACCUGAUGUAUUUCCUUGUCUAUCAAGUUGUUCUGAUAGUAAAGCAACCAAGGCUGGUUAUAGACCUAGUGCUAAUUUUAAAUCUAGUGAUGAAUCUCUAAUAGAGACUAGGGCUGAAGGGGAAUUUAGGAAGAGAAUUGAUCAUAGCUGUGCUGUGCUUGCAUCAGCGGCGCAAAUUGAAAAUAUAUCUGGAAGUGGUUCAGUAGUAAGUCAAUUUGAAGCUAGACAGGCUGAUAGUGCACAAGAUAGUACAAGAGAUCAAAUGCAUAAUGGUUUAAUGAGUAUGCCUAAUGGAGGUCCAGAGGAGACAGUUGUUGCUCGAUGGGAUGAUAUAGAAUUACCUUCAUCUCAGCAUUUGGAGUCAAAGAAUGACAAAACUGUCAGCAUUGGAUAUGUUGGGGAUGAAUGGGAUGAAGAAUAUGAUAAAGGGAAGAGGAAGAAGAUAAGGGGCUUCAAGCAUAGCUUUGGUGGGCCUAAUCUUUUCCAAGAAAUUGCUGUCGAGAAAUCGAAGUUUAAAAGGGCAAAGUUUGACCAAUCUUGCUCAGGGAACCCUCCAUUUAGGAUAUGACAUCCAGAAGAACUCUAUGCCUUCUAUUGCUUGGAGGCUUCUUUUGUAGCAAUUUUGUCAAACGCUGAAAGUGUAAUGAAGAGAGCACCUACCUUAUUCUUUUCUCCAGUAAAAAAAUUUGUUUGGUGGUUCACAUCAUUGUCUUUGGGACAGAGCCGCAGAGGGUUGGGUUUUUGUGCACCGGUAUAUUCCUGUUGGACAUUUCUCAUUUUGAGACUGUAUUAUUGUAGGAGCUGCACGCCGUAGCUCAGAAGUUUUGUUCAUGAUUUUAAAUCAUUCAAGACAAUUUGUAUUUCAGUUUUAUGUUACGAAGCGUGUUUAUCGUGUACCCGAAGUUGUAUUUUGGUUUGAGUUUGGAUUAGGUACUAAAUUUUUAUGUACUAUUAAUUUCUAGGAAAAAUUGUAAGAUAGUUAAUUUAUAUUCUAAUUCAUGAAUGUAAGUCUGUUUUUGUUUGGAUUACAUAAAAGGAAAUGUUUUCGUGUA